UCUGGCCUGCCCCGCGAGGUGACCUUGGUCGAGUCCCCUGUCGCGCUGAGCUGCGGCGAGCGUCCGUGGCGUAGGCCUGUUAGGGACCGGGCUGUGGAGCGGUUGAGGACACAGACCUAGAGCGGCCCCACAGGCUGCCCCGUGGCAGCGUAACGUCCGGGCUGCCGGGGGCUGUGGGGGGAGAUGCCCCUGCGUGUGAAAUGGCCGUUCCCCGCGGUGCCGCCGGUCACGUGGACCCUGGCCAGCAGCGUUGUCAUGGGCCUGGUGGGCACCUACAGCUGCUUCUGGACCAAGUACAUGAACCACCUCACCGUCUACAACAAGGAGGUGCUGUAUGAGCUCAUCGAGAACCGAGGCCCAGCCACCCCCCUCAUCACUGUCUCCAAUCACCAGUCCUGCAUGGAUGACCCUCAUCUCUGGGGGAUCCUGAAACUCCGCCACAUCUGGAACCUGAAGUUGAUGCGUUGGACUCCUGCAGCUGCAGACAUCUGUUUCACCAAGGAGCUGCACUCUCACUUUUUCAGCUUGGGCAAGUGCGUGCCUGUAUGCCGAGGAGAUGGUGUUUACCAGAAGGGAAUGGACUUUAUUUUGGAGAAGCUCAACCGUGGGGACUGGGUGCACAUCUUCCCAGAAGGAAAAGUGAACAUGAGCUCUGAGUUCCUGCGCUUCAAGUGGGGAAUCGGGCGCCUGAUUGCCGAGUGUCAUCUCAACCCUGUUAUCCUGCCGCUGUGGCAUGUCGGAAUGAAUGACGUCCUUCCUAACAACCCACCAUACUUCCCCCGCUUUGGACAGAAAAUCACCGUGCUGAUAGGGAAGCCCUUCAGCGUCCUGCCUGUGCUUGAGCGGCUCCGGGCAGAGAAUAAGUCCACUGUGGAGAUGCGCAAAGCCCUGACUGACUUCAUUCAGGAGGAAUUCCAGUGUCUGAAGACCCAGGCAGAACAGCUCCACAACCGCCUGCAGCCUGGGAGAUAGGCACUGCCCUGCCCAGACCCUGCCCUGGCUGCCUCAGGGUACUGGGCAAGAGGCAGCUCUGGGACCCAGUGUACAGCUGCCAGGUUCGCAGUGCUGCCUUUGGGUUCUCACCCCUGCAUAUGGCUAGGGCUGGGAAAUGGACUGAUGCUUUGAGCUCAGAUAGGGUUUUUUUAGACAGAUUUCUUUAUAACCCUUAAAGGGUACCCUCUCUUAGUUGAGCAUUCCAGCUCCUCUGUGGUUUUUCAGUUGAAAAAGGGUCAUAGCUACUCCUCCACUUGGCCACAAAGGGAGGGAAAAAUUUAGGUAGUGGCCUCCUCCCUUCUUGCCUUCGUGUGUUCUUUCCCAGGGCUAGUGUCCAGAGGGAGGGUAGUUGAAGGGGGGUAGGCAACUAGGCUGGAGCUUGGGGAGAAGCCCACAAGGCCAUUGACCUGGAGUUGCUCACCACUUCAUCAGGGAUGGUCUUUAGCCAUUGCAUCCUCUGUCUGAGCUUCCCACAGGCCUGGAAGCCUCGGGCAGGACCCGGCCCAGGCUGCAGGCAGAAGAGCAGCCCUUAGCCAGAAGUGGAGCCAGCAGCAAGGGCUUGAGACCUGGUCACUUGUCCCAUGCUAGGGCCCACCAACUUCUCCUUCUUUUCUGUGUCCAUGGGACUACUUGAGCCACCUGAGGCUGGAUUUCCAUGUUUUGUAAAAAAUAAAGCAUCUGUGUUGUACUGUUUUA